AUGAACAGCGAAUACGACUACUUGUUUAAAUUGCUACUGAUAGGUAAUUCCGGUGUCGGUAAAUCCUGUUUGCUACUGAGGUUUUCAGAUGACACUUACACAAAUGACUACAUCUCUACCAUUGGUGUGGAUUUCAAGAUUAAGACUGUCGAGUUGGAUGGUAAGACCGUGAAGUUACAAAUAUGGGACACUGCGGGACAAGAACGUUUCAGAACUAUCACAUCAUCAUACUACCGUGGUUCCCAUGGUAUCAUUAUUGUAUAUGAUGUCACAGAUCAGGAGUCAUUCAACGGUGUUAAGAUGUGGUUGCAAGAAAUUGACCGUUACGCCACAUCUACCGUGCUAAAACUAUUGGUCGGUAACAAAUGUGAUCUGGCUGAUAAGCGUGUGGUUGAAUAUGAUGUUGCCAAGGAGUUCGCUGAGGCUAAUAAGAUGCCUUUCUUGGAGACCAGUGCCUUGGACUCUACCAAUGUCGAAGAAGCUUUCUUGACCAUGGCUAGACAAAUCAAGGAGAGCAUGACACAACAAAACAUGAACGAAUCACAACAAAAGAAGAACGACAAAGGCAACGUGAACUUGAAGGGUCAAAGUUUGACACAAUCUGGUAGUAGCUGUUGUUAA